CUUGCACCAUGCUCGUAUUGUGGUCAUGAACAGUUAGGGAGACUUGCAACUGUGGCUAGGAAAAAAAAAAAAAAUGUAGGUGAGUCUGUAUGGAGGAAGUCCCCACUACUCACUAUCAGUCACAGCGAGUCUUCCCGUGGAGCGGCGCGCAUCAUGCAGCAGUCAGCGUGUGGCGCAGUGGUGGUGGAGGCACUGCUCCUGGUACUGCUCCUGGCACUCCCAAGCCGCAGUGCAUGCAGGGCUCAUUUCCACGCCCCACACACCUGGUCUGGUGCCCGUAAUACCCAGGACGUAUUUGACGAAGCUUUCUUUUCACACAAUACACACAAUGCUCUGACCUUCCCCUACAAAUUUGAGAUACCAGUAAUAUCAAAGAGAAAAUUAAAAGCGAAGAUGAGUGACCCUUACAGUGCUGAGCUCUCGAACUUGCAGCCACAUCAGGACCCGUACCAGUUGGGUGAGGCGAUACACGCGCCGCUCCUGCCGAAACAGCAGAGGCUGAUGAUGCAGGAGCAAGAGUGGCCUCGCCCCUUCGAUGAUGCAAGGGUCAAGUUCCUGGAGGUGCUGGCAGUCGUCGCCGUCAAAGUAGUCAUGUCCACAGCGUUGGCCUCGUGGUUCCUGGUGGCUGGGCAGGUGCUCUUCGCCCUAGCGGACAUGACGGGUACCACCGAGGUUCUGGGCAACAGAUCUCCCCUAACCUUCAUUUUUCAGGCGCUGCCCCUAGUUGAAGUGCUCUUGAAGGGCAGCGCUGCUUUCGACUAGUAAGAGCAUUUGUGUAAGCCUCCAAAUACAGAAAUAGAGACAUUCAAAUAAUGAUAGGCCAAUAGUGAAAUUUGUGUGGGAUUCAGUCUGUUAUUCCAUAGGCCUAAUAGUCUCGCACAACUGUAUGCCAAUCACUGCCGAUUUCUACCAGUAUAUUUUGUGGUGUAAUCUUGUUUUCUCAUCUUCCUGGCCUGUUGAAUGGUAUAAUUGCAGUUUCCCCCAAUAAACCGCACGUAAGUAUGAAGUGUCUCACGGUCCAGAUCACACUGCUAGGAGCAUUUCCAACUCCAUAUUACCUUGUCGCAAACUAAUAAUAAGGUCGGGACGGAAUUUCGAAGAUUUACCUCAGUUUUUAGCUGGGAUCCUGUUUCCAGUCAUUGAAAGGAUAGUGAGUGUGUUCGUGUGUUUGUUAUCAAUGCUGAAGUUAGGAUAGGUUAGGUAAGGUUACCUUAGCUUUCUGGUUGUGUUCGAAUAUACUAAUGUUGGGGGUUCAAGGGGGGCACAGCCCCCUGGUUAUAAUAGGUUUUUGGUUUUCUACAUUUAGGAAAUUUCCUUGACUUCUAGGGAAAUUUCCCUACAUUUUCAAAGUCUAUAUCACUCGUAUGUUCCCUCCCCCCCUCCCAAAAAAAAAAAAAAAAAAAAAAAA